AUUAGGUUUUUGUAUUUGAGGUUAAUUUGAAGAGUUAUGGAAGAAGAAGACGACAAUGCUAUGGCGGCGGCUUUGAGAUAUUCUUCUACCUGUUCGACUUAAUUGGGCUCUAUUUUUUAGAAGGGCGAAGCGAAAUUUUGUUUAUAUAUGAUAUAUAUAAUAUAUAUUGCUUUUUUAUUGUUAGGUUUUUUUGGUUUUCAAUAGUUAGUGAGAUAGUUUUAUUUUAGAAAUUUGGGAUACUAAAUGUGAAUUAUGUUGUUAUUUUAUAAUAUUAUAGCUAGUUUUGUUUCUAUUUGUGACCUAGAAUGAUAGACAUAGAAUCGUUGGAUAGUUGUGGUUUACAGUAUUCAAAUUCACCUUGAACUUCACAAUCACGCAAGCUGGUUUUUUCAUUCUUCUUCCAAUCUAUAAUAACAGAGUCCUUAAAACAAGAAGGAAGCCAGUUAACUUUUCAUGUGUGUAUAAAUACCAUAUUGACACUCUAUUUUUGUAUUAUUAAUUUUCCAAUGUUCAAGAGUCCAAUGGGCCUUUUUCUUCUAUAUGUUAUGAGUAGACCAAAAUCCAAAUUCAUCUCUAUCAUCGCAUUCAUUCGAUCCCAAUUUUGAGUGCUGAGAUCCUGCCAACAACAUGGUUCUUUCUUGGAUUAACCGAACCCUAUCACCGCACAUAGUUCAAAGCACUAUUUGUUUCUAUUCCGCUUUUGAACUCUAGGAAGUCCUUCACGAGAGAUUCCCCAAAGUUAGUAAGAAAAAGGAGAGGGAGGGAAGAGAAAGUAGAGAAGAGUAUAAGUAGAAGAAGAAACUCAUGGAGGAAGAAGAAGUGCUUGGAGCAAAAUUUGGAAAACAACAUCUCACAUCAUCUCAUCUCAAUUCAUCAUCUUCUUCAUCUCAUAAGGUGGAUUCUUAGUUAGUUAUAGUUUUGGAGGAAAAUUUAAUGAAUUUGGAUUUUACGAUUUUAGAGAUUUCUUGCUUUGUUGUGAAAUUGAUGGUUGAUAUAUGAACACCUUGUUGUUUUGCAUACCUAUUGUGAAUUCAUGAUGUUUGAUGUUGUUUGUGCAUAAGGUGAUGUUGUUUUAAUGUUGUGUUGGUGUUAUGUUGUUGUUGUUGCAUGAAGUUAUGUUAUAUGUUGAUGAUAUGAUGUUGUGUUGUUGUGCUUAGAAGUUGUGUUUGUAGAUUCAUUUAAGUUUCACAAGAUCGAGGUUACCAUAUAUGUUAUGAUGAUGGAAUGAAGUGUUUUGGUGUGUUAUAUGAUGAUGGAAUGAGUUGAAAGAUGUUGGAUGUUGGUAAUUUGAAGUUAGAAAUGAGUUUUCUAAAAAAGUUAUAGAGGGAAAUCAAUUUACCCCUCAAGGAAAUCGAUUUACCUGCCUAAAGUUUCUCAUUUCCUACGGUAGAGAAGGAGUAAAUUGAUUUACCCUCAAUGUAAAUCAAUUGACACCUAAAAUUCACCCUAAAAUGGGUUUCAUAACUCUGUUUGGGACGUGGUCGGAUGCGUUGGAAGGCUAAUUCAAUGUUCUACCAUAUGGUGAAGUAAAAUCAUGCUUGUAAAUCUUAGUUAUAGUAGUAAGCUUUUAAUUUUAUGAAGCCUAGUUGUAUGAUAGAUGGUGUAACAACAUGCUUGAAUAUUUUAUUCAUGGUUUAAGAUGACUAAAUUAUCAUGUGAAUUCCUUCUAGGGUUACUUAGUGUAGAGUUGUUUAAUAGUAUGAGAGAUGUCAUAUUAAACAUGUAUUAUGAACACUUAUUAAAACAUAAUUGGUCAAAUCAUUGUGAAAACUCUAAUUGGGUGAUGAUCAUCCUAGUAUCUUAAUUGAUUCGGCUGUGAUAGAGAAACCCUAGUUGGUUUGGUGAAUGAAUGUGAGUAACCUUAGGUUAUAUUGGAUAUCAGAGGUUGUGAUGCUCGAUUAUUAAAUGUACCUCGGUGUGUACCCAUGAACGAGUAGUCAUUUGAGAUGAACUGUUCCAUCUACGAGAGUGUUCGAAUGGCAUGGAUGAUGGAUGAUAGUCUAGUUGCGAGUUAAUUGGCUUUGUAUGGAAAUAUAUUAUGAUAAUGUGAUUGAUGAGAAUAAUCAUGUAGUGAUUGAUGAGUAUAAUCAUGUAGUGAUUGUGUUAGCUGGAGAUUUCGUUUAAAAAGUUGAUCUUCGAAGGUUUUAAGUUCGAAGAAUGAUGGUUUCUGAUGACCAUCUUCGAAGAUUUAAAAAAUGGCUACUGAUGGCUAUGCUUUAAGAAAAAGUCUAAGUUGAAACGAAGGAGAGAAAUAUCGAAGCUAACACGGAAGAUACCUUUGCCAAGACUUAGACAUUUCGCGGAAAAUUACAUAAAGUACUGAAGCUUAAUGUGUUUCCGUAACAUUUUCGAAUAUAACUAUAUAGCCACAUGUCGAAAAGGACUUGAGCGGGAAGGUUUGAAUUGCGAAACGGUUUCUAUAAACUGCACAUAGACAGAUGGCAUCCCCAGAGUUCUCAUGGAUAACGUGGCAUUAGAUUAUUGUAUGACCGUUAGGGUCAAAUUUAGUAUAAAUAGGAGUCUUAAUGAUAGGAUUUCGUGUGUUCAUUUUGUACAAAUCACUCACAUAUCGCUUAAGUAUCAAGUGUUAAGAGAAAGAGUUCGCUGAGAAAUGUACGUAUGACACCACCAAUUUGAAUACAUGUGUAUUUACUUUUAUCAAAUAUCUUUUCGUUUCCUGUAAUUUACUUUCUUUGUUUAACUUUUACUUUCGAAGUCAUUUAAUUUUAUGCACAUUACUUUCCUGCAAUUUAUUUUCUUGCGACUUAUAUUCUUGCAUGUUAAUUUUCUUGCAAUUUACAUUCUCGCAAUUUACAUGCUUUCUUAUUACGAUUUAUGCGUCGAAGUUACACUAACUCAUAUAACCAGCGUUAUCUCGAAUGAUUAGUCAUUUGAACAUAAAUUUCUCGAAAUCAAAACAAACAGGUAUGAACCAAAUCACAUCAAUAAACCUUUUGUUUGACUAUGUCCUAGGAUCAAUCUAGUCGAUCCUGCGAGUAACCAAAUCAUAUUUAUUAUAGUUUGGAAGACUAGCGGUUGUUUACCGGAAAUCACCGUAAACAAAUUGGCACGCCCAGUGGGACCGUGUCAAACUAAGUGUUAUUAAUUGAUUGUUUUGUUUUGUCUAGAAAUUGUCAAGACCUUGUAUGAACCUUAGGAACGGUAAAUUAACCAAUAGUGCAAAUCCAGUUCCUAAACGAAGGUACAACAAGAAAAUGGUCGUAGCGGCCAGUGCAGGGGGCGAAGAAAAUCCCCCUACAAGGAUCAGGAACAGUAGCGCCAAACGCGACGAAUGUUUCGACUUCCACUCAAGGAGCGCAGGCCAUACCGGUUGCGACAAGAUCUGAACCAGCGGCUAGUUCGCAAGCCAUGAUUGAAAAUACUUCCACAUCAACUGGGACCAUCCCAAUUUCAGUAUCGACUACCGCUCCUCCGUUUGCAAGCACAAGCGAGAUACCACCCGUAUCGACGAACGCUGCAAAUUAUUUAUCUACCCCAGGACCAUCAUUCGCUGUAGAUGGUUCGAGACAAAAUAUGCCAUACGGGAUGCCAUAUUCGUACAUGGCAGGAUUACGAGGAACAGGGCCUACAUACACUGCAGCCAACACAAUGGCGUUUUCACCAAACAUGGGUUCAGUAGGUCGAAGCGCACACAAUACUGGUUUGUCGGCUCAGAUUCCCCCUAUGACCACUAGUACUCAAGCAGCAUUUCGACAAGAAAUGGAUGCAAGUAACCAGGAUAUGGUAGGACUCCUUGCUAGAGAAUUAGGAACAAUCUUUAAUCCAAUAGUAGCAAGCAUUACUAGGUCUAGCCAGGAUAGUGCAGAAACAUACCAAAGAUUAUCAUCGCAAUUGGGACGAAUGGCAGAUUUUUUAGGAGUCCCACAAAAUAGACGAAGGAACAACCAGUCAACCUACCAAGAAGAGGACCCAAUUAUCGAACAAAUCCGAAACAUAGUACCCCCACCAAGGCCAAAUCCAGUCGCACAGAAUCCAGCGGUCGAACUGGGAACUCAAAUCGAAACGACUGAGACUGGCCAACAAGCUAUUCCCCGACAGCAGCCCAGACUAGUUAUGGUAGGGAGAGACGAACAUCCUGACGAAGUUGUCCACAGAGUCAGGAGAAAUGAUCUGGCAACAGAAAAUAAUCUUACUGCCAUGAUAGAAAGAAUAAUGGCUAAUAACGGCUUUAAUACUGGAUUUCGACGUCCAAAUUACACAUCUCCCAUACCUGAAUACAUCAUGCAAAGUGAUUUGCCAAGAGGUAUUAAGGUACCCAAGUUUACCAAAUUUGCAGGGGAUACUAGCGAAUCAACGGUGGAACAUAUAGCCAGAUAUUUAACAGAGGCAGGAACGUUAGCAGGGAACGAAGAUCUAAGGAUCAAGUAUUUUCCUAGUUCAUUAACGAAAAAUGCCUUCAUUUGGUUUACUACUUUACCCCCAAACUCCAUAGAUACAUGGACACAAUUGGAAAGAUUGUUCCACGAACAAUUUUACAUGGAUCAAACAAAGAUAAGUUUGAAGGAAUUGACUAGCAUUAAAAGGAAGUUCACAGAGCCUAUUGAUGAUUACCUAAACAGGUUCCGUUUGUUGAAAUCAAGAUGUUUCACAGUCAUCCCAGAGCACGAAUUAGUCGAAAUAGCCGCUGGUGGUUUAGACUAUUCGAUUAGAAAGAAAUUAGAUACCCAAUAUUUAAGAGACAUGGCCCAAUUGGCAGAUAGGGUUCGACAGGUCGAACGGCUGAAAGCAGAAAAGGCUAAAGUAAACAAGAGUUACAAGAAAGAAAGAAUAUCUUAUGUUGAAGUCGAAGACACUGAUAGCGAAACCUUCGAUGACUCAUAUAGCAUAGAGGAGGUCGAAAUAGAUCUAGCUGUAUUAAAAGAAGCGCCGCCUUAUGCUUGCAAAUUACUUACCCCUGCCAACGGGAAAAAUCCAGUAGAAAAUGAUAAAAGCGAUAGAUUUCCUAAGAAAACCUAUACAUUCGAUGUCACCAAAUGUGACGAAAUAUUUGAUUUAUUAGUAAAAGAUGGCCAAAUGAUAGUGCCUCCUAACUCUAAAAUUCCUCCGUUAGAACAACGGAAGAAGCGAGGCUUUUGUAAAUAUCAUGGUUUUUUAGGCCAUAAAACCUCACAAUGUUUUCUUUUUAGGGAUCUAAUUCAGAAUGCUAUCAAGGAUGGUCGUUUGAAAUUCGCUGACAAGACCAAAAGUCAUAUGAGGGUCGAUACCAACCCCCUGAACAUUGCUGACACCAACCUGUGUGAGCCAUGUGACAUCAACAUGGUGGAAGUGUCUGAAGUCGAAUUUGCUGAACCAGAAAUGAUGUCAAAGGGAAAGCAGGUUACUGAAAGCCUAAAUGAUGAUGCGGUCUUCAAUACUGAUGUUGAAGGAUCCCUCGACCCAGAAAUGACCGACAAUCUGGAAGAAAAAACUAGCGAGGCCACUGAAGACCUCAGGAUGAAACUUCAGCAGAUACAAAUUUCUGAAGCCCCUCCAGCAGUUGUCAACAUGGUAAAUGCUAGACGACCUUUGUCUGAAAUUGAAGAGCUGGAGAAAUGGCUGGCAAGGCAACAGGGAAAUGUGGACAUUCCACCAAAGGGCGAAACUUUGAAAGAUUACCUUUGGAAUUGCCACGAGAAGAAUGGAGGAAAAAUGCUGAUGUGCCCAAGAUGCUCUAUAAUGCUGAAUCGAAGAAUCCAAGCUAACUUCGAGAGCACCCUGAGAGAGAGAUUGGAGCAGCCUUGGAGAGGCGGAAACCUACUGCUAAAGAUAUACCCAAGAACUGCGGAAAGUUUGGUGAGUUUCUUGGUCAGAUGCCACAAAGCAAAUACAGAAGUGGUGUUAUGUCCCAGGUGCGGAGCAGUGUAUGAUGAACUCCUAGCGCGUUCCCUCGAAAGGAGUUAUUUUAUCAUGAAUCGAGAAACCCAAGGUCUCCAUCCUGAUAUAUAUACGUUCGACAAUCGAACUUCAUAUAAGAGGCCUGACAGUCCUCACCCUAAGGCACGAGGGGUCACAUUCAGAGUCCCUGCAGAUACACCUAAGGACAGAUGGGUGCAAGCUGGCGCAAGAACCAAUAAGUGGAGAAGUUGGGACCAAGGAGGAAGAACUGCGAUGGCCUAUAGGAAGCAAUUCCAGACCUCAAAUCGAGAGAUGUAUAGGCUUGAGAAUUACAAAGGUAGAAAUCCUAUGUCCAGAUCCCAAUGGAGACGGCACCAAAGAAUGAAGAAGGCCCAAAGAGAAUACAAGCCAAGGGAGAUUGGAGAGUCUAGCAGCAACCAAGUCCAACACCAGGGGGCAAAGGCAAGCAAACCUCCGGUAGAACGCAGACUCUUCGAAGCUGAAAAUAUUUUAGAAGAAGAAGAAAAGAUGCGUUCCAAUUCUUGGAAGGAAGAAGAUAGAAUGACAAAUGAUUUCGAUUCGGAUAGAGUAUCAUCUCUCAACUUGAUAUGCAACGUGGUGUCAGUCCUCCCUCACGAAUUCAAUCAAGAAACUGAAGUUGAGGAGUGUGAAGAAACUGACGUCGAAGAGAUGACAAAACACAGACCUGUGUGUUACUACGUGCUAAACAACAGAGCAGUUGAGGAGCAGAAUGCUUUCUUCGAAAGGCCUGACGAAGGCAUGCGAAAUCAUCUGAAACCACUCUACAUAAGGGCUAAGAUUGAGAACGUUGGCAUUAACAAAGUUCUGGUAGAUGGAGGGGCGGCAGUGAAUCUAAUGCCCCAAUACAUGUUGAAGAAAAUUGGUAUGUUUGACACAGAUAUAAGGCCUCAUAACAUGGUUUUGUCAAACUACGAAGGCAAAAUUGGGCAGACUCUGGGAGUUGUUCAAGUAAAUUUAACUGUGGGUUCUGUUACCAGACCAACUAUGUUCAUGGUAAUACCAGCAAAAGCAAAUUAUAACCUCUUGUUAGGAAGGGAAUGGAUCCACGGAGUUGCUGCGGUGCCUUCAACUAUGCACCAAAGACUAACCAUUUGGAGACAAGAUGGCAUAGUGGAGAACAUCGAGGGAGACCAGAGUUAUUAUAUGGCUGAAGUUAAUCAAGUCAACAAAACUAGCUUCGACAGGAAUCUGGGAAAUAUAGGACCUUGCCAUGCUGCGGAAGAUAUAUACACUCCAAACAAGAACGCAUGAUACUAUCUAUCUUUACACCCAAAU